AUGUUUGCCGCCCUUCGUCUCGGACGCCAGUUGGCUCUGAGAGCACCUCCGAGGCCCUCGUCCACAGCUGGGCCCUCCAGAAUACUACUUCAAUCACAACUCACCCUUCCCCGCUCUUUCCACGCGACUCCGCCUGCAUUUGUGACUCUCAACCAGUCCUCGAAACGCAAGCGCAACGCGCGUCGUGUCGCCAAGUCCAAGUCGCCUCUUCUCAAUAACUCGCCUCAGCGAAAAGGCGUCUGCAUUCAGGUGUUUACCGCCAAGCCCAAAAAGCCAAACUCGGGCAAGCGUAAAGUUGCUCGAGUAAAGCUUUCGACGGGGAAAACAUGCCAGGCGUACAAAGUUGUUCGUGGCGCCUUAGAUCUAGGAGGAGUGGUCAAUCGUGCUCGUGCUCGGAGUCGUUACGGUGUCAAGAAACCUAAGAAGUAA